GGGAGUGAGCUGGGCUGAGCGGCUCGGACGGGGGGACCAUGGAGAUCUUCAGCAUUCAGCAGUUGGUAAGUGAUGAGCGCUAUGAGGGGAAAAUGCGCAGUUUCGAGGGGCUGGCGAGAGGCACAGCCUGGGAGCCGGAAAGGUGGCGGUCCGGCCUGGCCAGCAUGUGGGAUGCAGUGGACAAGGAGAGGCAGAAGACAGAAGAGGAGAAGAAGAAAAAGCUCGAGGCAUUCAACAAUUCCAGACUGAAGCUUGACAGCCUGCAGGACUUGGAGGCCAUCGUCCAGCUUCGCAAGACAAAGAAGAAAGUGAAGAAGGUGGUCCUUCCCAAGAAGCAAGAGCCAGAAGAGAUUACAGCGCCCGUGCAGCCAGAGCAGUUCCUUCAGGCGGCACUGGAAAACCAGGUUCUUGUGGUCAAGAAAUACCUGGCAGAUGGAGGGGACCCCAACGCUCACGACAAGUUCCGAUGCACAGCCCUGCACUGGGCCUGUUUGCGGGGCCACACAGAGAUCGUGGAGAGGCUGCUGGAAGCGGGGGCUGUUCUGGAGCCGAGAGAUAUGCUGGAAGCGACGCCGGUGUUUUGGGCCUGCCGUGGAGGGCACCUGGAGAUCCUCAAGCACUUGAUCAACCGGGGAGCCAAGAUCUCAUCCCGGGACAAGCUCUGGAGCACCCCGCUGCACGUGGCCGUCCGAACCGGGCACUCCGAGUGCGCCGAGUACCUCAUUGCCUGCGGGGCGAACAUCAACGCGCAGGACAAGGAGGGAGACACGCCGAUCCACGACGCGGUGCGGCUCGGGCGGUUCAAGGCGGUGAAGACGCUGCUGCUGUACGGCGCCAACCUGGGCAUCCCGAACGAGGAGGCGGUGACUCCGGUGGACCUGGUGAAGGACUGGCAGACGGGCAUCCGGGAGACGCUGCAAGCGUGUGCAGACCGGCAGCAAUUGCCCAUCAGGAGCCGCUGA